GAAGCCCAAUGAGCCUCAUAGGAGAGAAUCGCAAGCAGGCUGGCCAGUUUGUAUCACAGAAGCCUCGCUAAACAGCAACAGCUUUACUGUGCAUUGUGUGGAUGAUUGGGAGCACCUGCAGAAUAGCGGGCUGAAGGGAAACUUGUGUAGGGCUGGAGUUGACAACUUUGAGGACUCCAUGGACAAGAAGCUUGGGAAGCACAACAUAGAAUACAUCAAAAGGACAAUGCAAAUGCAUGAAGAUGUCUUCAAAUACCAGGUACGGGAACUCCACAGGCUCUACAGUCUGCAGAAGAUGGUAAUGGAUGAGCUGAAAAAAGAACUGAAGCAAAACAGAUGUUGGAGUUCCAUGACUCCAACAACACAAAAGUGUCAUGGAUUUAAUUUCAAUCUCCAAAGCUUGAGAGAAGAUCCAAGCACAAGGGAGAGAAGUGGGAGUUGCUCUGCAGGCACCAUGAGAAUGGCAAGGGGUUUUGAUCUUGAAAGGCCUGCUGCUGAGGAAGACAUCUCAACAGGAGUCAGUGCCGCCAUUGAUGAAGACCAAGCUGUAGGGCCAAGCUUCCACAAUAUGCCACCCAGUACUCGUAAGUUGACCAUUGAUGGUUCUGAUCAUGAAGAUAGUGAUGUGGAGCUGACUUUGAGCAUUGGUGGUAGAUUGAGCAACAAGGCACUGCAAUCCUACCAACCUAUAUUAGGAAUCUGUGAGUCAUCAUCCCAUAAAGGAAUUAUUAGGGAGCUUCAUUCAUCUGCCUCUUUUAAAUCAGAUCGAGGAGAGGAUUUCAGUGACCCCACCACCCCCAUGAGCAGCUCCAGUGCAACAUUUGAUCAGGAAAGAAACCGGCCGCAUUGGCUUUUUCAAGAUUUAAAGCUUGAAUAGCACCUCAAGCCUAUUUGGGAUUGCCUUAAAGAGUUUAAAAGGUGCUUUUUAGUAUAUAAAAAAAAUUAUUCCAAGCAAAAGUUAGCCUGUUUGGUAAGAAACUUAAAAGCAUUUUUUUUUCUACUUUUUUUACUCUAAAAAAGCCGAGAAUGUUUUUUCUAAAAACUCUUUUAAGCUUUUUUUUUAUAAACAAAAGUUUUAUUUUUCAAUGCAAUCCAAACAGGCUCUUAGUUUUGAACUUUCCGUUUAUCCUUUUGACUUUGCAAGAACCACUGGAUUUACAGGGUCCAUGUGCAUUCACCUUACUUUACCUAUUUCUGGUUAGUUAAAUUGUUGUAAAUUGGUCAUUUACAAGCUUUUCCCCUUGCUUCUGCAAAACAUU